CAAUUAUUAUUACUGUUGACAAUUACAAUCACAUUAUUUGCAGUAGUUUGAUAACUUUGCGAGACAUGCAAAGUGUGAUCGGUGGCAAUUGUGAUUUUCGUCUUUUGUGUUUGUCAGAAACAAAAGAAUAUUUUGUAUUUUCAUUCAGAAAGUUUUUUUUAGAGGUUCUGGUUCAUAAUUAUUAAUUUUUUUAAAAACGUUUCAAAAAUGGAUAAAGAAAACACAUGUGUUUAUGUGAAGCAUGCAUGUAAGAGUUAUGGGGCUAAACAAGUGUUAAAUAAUUUUUCUAUGACUGUUCCUAAAGGAGUCAUUUAUGGGUUGUUAGGAGCUAGUGGUUGUGGAAAAACGACUUUACUUAGUUGUAUAGUAGGAAGAAAAAAAAUCGAAUCGGGGGAAGUAUGGGUUUUAGGAGGGACACCGGGAACUCCCGGCAGCAAAGUACCUGGCCCGAAAAUAGGAUAUAUGCCCCAGGACGUAGCUUUAGUGGCAGAGUUUACAAUACGCGACGCCCUUUUUUAUUUUGGUAGGGUGUUUCGAAUGCAAGACAAAGAUAUAGAAAGUCGUCUUAAUGAAUUAACAGUUUUGUUAGAUUUACCACCCCAAAACAGAUAUGUAGGUGAUUGCAGUGGGGGACAGCAGAGGAGGGUGUCAUUUGCCGUGGCAUUAUUAAACAACCCCCAACUUCUUAUUUUAGACGAACCCACAGUUGGAUUAGAUCCAGUUUUACGAGACAGAAUUUGGAAUUAUUUAGUCGAAUUAGCCGAAGAUAGGCAAGUGACGAUAAUUAUAACCACUCAUUAUAUCGAAGAGACAAGACAGGCCCACAAGAUUGGUCUGAUGAGAGAAGGGAGACUAUUGGCGGAAGAAUCUCCCUCGAAAUUGUUGAGGGAUUUCGGUACCGAAACGUUGGAAGAAGUGUUUUUAAUUUUAAGCCAGAAACAAUCGGAAGGGAAAUUGGAACAGUUCCAAAACAAUUUAAAUAAUCAUGAUAUAAACGGAAUUUAUCCUGCGGAUUCUGAGGCGAACUCUAUAAAUUCUAUAGGAGUUAGUUCAACAAAUCUGGUGUCACAGAAAAGAAAAAAGAAAUAUGUCGCUCCAAAAUUGUUCAAUACUUUCCGAUUGAAAGCACUUUUUGAUAAGAAUUGGAAACAAUUCCAUAGGAACGUAAGCGGAUUGAUGUUUAUGAUUUUCUUCCCUUGUCUGCAAAUGUGCGCGUUCCUUACCGCAGUCGGUGGUGAUAUUAAAAACAUAAACAUAGCCAUAGUUAAUGAAGAAAACAAUUUUAGUCCUUGUAAAGACUAUUUGGUAAAUGAAACCGCAAUUUACAACGCAUCCGAGGAUUUGUGUGAAUACCAACGACUGGGUUGUCGAUUUUUAGAAGCAGUCAAUACUUCCAUGAUGCACCAUAUUUAUUACAAUGAUAUUGAUAGCGCAAUCCAUGAUAUAAAAAGAGGAAAAGUUACAGGUGCUUUACACAUUCACAAAAAUUUUUCUUAUGCCUUAGAGCAAAAAGUUCAGAAUGCUGGGAACAUGACCGACGAAGAACUCGAAGAUACUCAAAUAAUGAAGGGGGGUCUUGUGGUUAUUACAGUGCUGAUAUUUUUGCAAGGUCUUUGCGGAAUCAGCUACGGAUUUUUAAUAUCGGUCUUUUGUAGCGACCAUAAUUCAGCCAACAUAUUGUCCACUGGCGUGUUUUAUCCCAUGAUCUUAACUUGUGGCUUGGUGUGGCCCAUCGAAAGUAUGCCAACAGUUCUUCGUUGGAUAUCUCUUUGUUUGCCAUUUACAGUACCGAUUUUAUCGGUGAGAAAUGUUCUUAAAAAGGGAUGGGGUAUGACCCAUCUACAUGUCCUGAAUGGCGUUGGCCUGGAAAUACUUUGGUGCGUUAUUUUAGGCACCAUUAGUGCUUACCAACUAAAAAAACGUAGAUAAAUUGUGAUUAUUUGUUUAGCAAAGUGUUCGUUUAUUUAUUUGUGGAUGUUUUAUAUUAGUUUGUUUAAGCAAUUGCUAUUGUAAAUAAAAAAAAAGGAAUAAAAUGGUUGUUUGCUCA